GUCCUUCGAACUCAGGAUUUUCCGACUUAAGGAUCAUAAACGCUGAGUGGUCCAGGUAUUCCUCCUGUUCCUCGCAGCGGCGAAUGACCCCCGAGUCCUUCAGCCUCUUGCUCCGUGGCCGCCAUCUCUUCGGUCACGUCCGUGUUGUUGAUCCAGUGACCCCUGUUGGAUGACUUGUUGGAGGGAGCGCAUUUUGAUCUUUGGUAUAGUAUUUAUCUGUGUGUGCAUUGUGUGCUGAUACAACAUAUCUUCUGUGAAUUUCCCAAACCGUUUUUCAACUUUUUUUGUAGAAUCUGGGGUGUAACAUCCAAUCUAUAGUUGAUAUGGUUAUGGGCAUGUUAGUUUCCAAGAUGGUAUACUCUUGGCUGUUGUGGGUUCUUUUGUUCGCGUCUUGUAAUCCCUCUGACUUUUGAAUAUGAAAUGUGUCUUCGUGUAGACGCUGAGAGAUUACAAGUAGCAGGCCAAAUUUUACAAAUUUUACAGCAAGAAACCGUCUCGAUUUAUAGAAGUCAUCAGAGAUAGCUCACUCCCAAGAGCUAAUCAGGUUGCUUAAAUCACUUCCGAGAGUUGAGUUAAUACUUAACCGACUCCUGAGAGUAGAUUAAGUUUCUCAACCAACUCCCGAGAGUGGAUUAAGUCUGCCAAGCGCAACAUUCUAAAAAUAGCUACGGUUCUGUGUGAGCCACAACUUAUGCGAAAAGGCAUCAUGUGAGCAGCUGAAAUUUAGUUGCAGAGAAGGUACAAUAGGGAUAAUAUUAUAUAUUUCAAAAAAGUUAAGUUACGAUGAAGACACAUAUGGUGUGGCUCUCAUAGCCGUUGUUCGAUAGGAAGAAGUGGUCAGUAAAUCCCCGUUUGAAGCUUGGGCCAAGUGCGUUGACGAUGGAGAUAUGCGCUGGGUCAAUUCAGGUCGGUGGUGACAUUAAAACUGACACCAUCAAAAUCCCUCAUAUUCGCUUGCUGACCUACUAAGUAGCGUACCCGCCUUUGUGGUACGGAUCGUGUCUGCGCCGUGUAGUGCCGUGGAAUGGGUGAGUGCAGAGUACGAACCGCCGAGUAGGAUCAGGUUAUCCGUCAUAACUCACUUGAGGAGCGAGGUUGUGGGUGAAACGAUGCCACCAGACUCUGGAUGCACUCGGUAUGUGGUGGUUGGCCAGGAUCGGGAGUAUCAAAGACGGAACCAACAAGCGCGAUGACUUGGUUUGGAGGAAGUAGUAUUUCAACAGCGUGAUUAGCCGGGGUAUGUAGAACAUAUGUUGGAUGUGUCAGAGACGGGUGAGGGUACGGUGGCUCUUCUACAUGCUGGAUAAAAGAUACAAGGUGUUCGUGGAGGGUCGUGACGCUCCUGUAAUUGCUGGAGGAGGUCAGGGCCAAUGGGAGGCGGUUUCUGGCCUACCAGAAUUUGUCGGAUCAAUUGUUGGGUGCAGGCAAAGUGGUUGGAGGUGAAUCUGUGGUCACCGGGGCAGACAGGAAAAAACAUCCGUCGGUGCGGUAGUCGAGGAAUGUGAGCAUAUACGUAUUCGUUAUAAUAAUAGCACAGAGCCGGAUUGGUGUAGGCUCGAAGCAGCGGUUGUAACUGACGUGUCUGGCUUUGUCCCGGUUUGAGGUUGGCGGUUUGCCCAUGACCAGUUGGUAGUAGUAUUGGCGCCGGGCCAUUGCCACGAUCUCCUUGUUGGACCCAUAUUUCGGUAAGUUCAUCCUAACAUCGUCACAGCGUUGGCCGAGGGCUACAUGGUUGGGUGUACGCCCGCCCGUGGUCUUGUAUACAGUUUUCAGGUGCGCAUAGAUACUGUACGGGAAGUGCAGUGAUGGUUUGUCGUGGGCCCAGGCCGGUUGUGUCAGAGGGAUGAGUGGUUUUGUGUUGGGCAUUGAGUCGAGUUGUAUUCCCAGGCAACUUCCGAGGUAGUCCGCGAAUGGUCGCGUGGGGAGCAGGCCACAAAGGUGGAGUCGUUUCCUUUGCUUUUUAGAAAACAUAGAGUAUUUAGUGCCCGUGAUGAUGUGGUUGCUGCUUGGAUGAGUGCUGAGUUAUAGCGCUCGAACAGGAGUUCCAGUGCAUCCUUUCAGUCCAUAUGUAGCCGUGGAUAGGAUGAAUGUUUUGAACAGCACCAGCCGGUUUCGGGGGUGUCACCAGCUAAAGCUAUUGAAGCCAUCAGGGCGAAAGGAGACGAUACCCAGGGACAAUGCUGCAACCAGGGAUUCCAAAUGUCUGGCGAGGUUGAUCCUUAGUAUUCCGUUGGGCAGAGGGAACCCCGGAUAUUUGAAGAGUUUAGGCUUGGCACGUGUGGGUGUCAUCUUCAGGGAGAGAUACUGUAUGUUCCAAGGGGCGUCUGCGAGCGUCGGCGUGAUAAGCGUAACAUUUAUGCGGAUGGUUGGCGCCGCGUGUCCCAAGUCGGUAGAUCGUACUCGGGGUUUGAUGACACCCUGUUCAAGGCCAGAUUUGGGUCCCUAAGCAUCCAUGUCGUCUAAGAAGAACUGGAGCGGUACGUGUGUCGUCGACAAAUAAAUAAGAGUGGAGGAGCUUGGGAAGGAAUCAUGUAGAUAAUAAAAGGUUGUGUGCCAACGAUUGAGCCUUGUAGGAGCCCAUUCGUUCUAUGUAAUAGAGG